AACUUACCUACUUUUCUGUAUUCUCUCUCCCCCCUCUCUCUCUCUCUAAAUCUCUCUGUCACUAGAAGAAUCCUUCAAACUUCUCACAGACAAACUCAGAAUCUCUGUUUUUCCUCCAAACAGAAUCUUGAAAAGCAAGAAAAUAUUAGUUAGGUGGAGAGUGAUGAUGAUGGAUGAAUAUAUGGACUUCAGACCAGUCAAGUACACGGAGCACAAGAAAGUGAUCAAGAAGUACACUAAAAAGUUGUCAGUGGAGAACAAGAAGAAGAUCAGUACUGUUCAUGACUCGGCCAGGUUGGUUCGGGUGUGCGUGAUGGAUGGUGACGCCACUGAUUCUUCAAGCGACGAUGAGGAGGAGUUUUUGUUCCCUAGGAGACGGGUCAAAAGAUUGAUUAACGAGAUCAGAGUAGAACCGAGCUCCUCCUCAGGGGAAGUCUCGGCGCUGAUCAAGACCGAGAAAAGUCUCGCCGUUGAUUCUCCGCUUCAAGAGGUAUCUGUUUCCGCAGCGGCGGACCAAAACCAAAAGAAGUUCCGCGGCGUGAGACGUCGACCGUGGGGAAAAUAUGCGGCGGAGAUUCGUGAUCCACAUCAACGUCGGAGGAUUUGGCUCGGUACUUUCUCAACGGCGGAGGAAGCUGCUGUCGUCUACGACAACGCAGCAAUCAAGCUUCGUGGCCCUGAUGCUCUUACCAACUUCACCGUACCACCAGAACCGGAACCAGUACCGGACCGGGAGAGCAACGUAUCGGUUCUUUCAGCAUCAGAAUCAACGGAAGACUCUCAUCAUCAUCUAUCAUCUCCUACAUCAGUUCUGAACUACCAUAUAUCCGAGCCAGUUGAUGAACCGGUCAAACCGGUUAAGCAGGAGUUUCUUGAACCGGAAACCAUAAGCGGGCACGUAGACGAAGUUAAUGUCCCAUUUUCAUUGGACAUUCCAUUUCCAGACAACUAUUUCACCGAAACAUUGCAGGACAUUUCCAUCUUCGAUCAGUCCAUGUCUCCUAUUCAGUCAUCAGAGAAUAAUUUCCUAGACGAUCUUAUGCUAUUCGAUAACAACAACAUAGGAGAGAACUACUCUUCUCAAAUUAAAGAGAUUGGUUCGAUAUUCAAUGAUCUCGAUGAUUCUUUGAUAUCAGAACUUUUAGUUGUGUGAUAUUUGUUACCAAAGAAAAUAAAAACAUUGGUUGCGAAUAUUGCAGGUAUAAGUCACAGUUUUGAUAAUUUUUUCUGUUUAAUUUUGUAAUGUUUAAUGAUUAUGCUGAGAAAUUUUGUAAUUUUGUAUUGUCAGUUUGUAAACACAGUUUUGGGAGAAAUACUACAAAUGAAUAGCUAAUUAGUUU